UCUGGAAUGUGCAAAGUCGGAUAUGGUUCCGAUGAUGCACCCACAGCCGUCUUCCCAUCGAUUGUCGGUCGUCCUCGACAUGUAAACAAAUCGUAUGCAGGCACACAAGCCUAUGUGGGUGAUGAGGCGCGGAAGUCCCGUGGUGUGCUGACCCUGCGGUAUCCCAUUGAGCGGGGCAUUGUCGUUGACUGGGAUGAAAUGGAGAUGAUCUGGGCCUACUCCUUAAACAGCGCUCUGAAGGUCGCACCAGAUGAGCAUCCUGUGCUGGCGCCAAACCAGAAGGCAAACUGCGAACAGUUGACCCAGAUCAUGUUCAAGAAGUUUGACACGCCGGCCAUGUAUCAGCCGUCCAGGCGGUGCUCACCCUCUACCCCUCACACACUCUUUCCGCUUCUAAACUCGUAUUUGGCUGUGCUUUCAAUUGGAUUUCCAAUUCCGUUGACCAUCAACAAGCAACAUUUUUCAAUUGCUUACAGUUCCGUUCCAGGGGUGGCCUACAGAGGGGUUCCUUCAACUUUAACGGUGCAUUGCUGCUUUUGGUUUUUUGCCAAUUUAAUUAGCCAUUAA